AUGACAGAGACGCAACCCAAGGUGGAAUCCCAUUUCCUGGGCGGCCAGUCCCUGGCUGUGGCCAGCCCUGGGCCUGUGACAGAGUUUGUGCGGGUCUCGGGUGGUCACAGUGUAAUUACCAAGGUGCUUAUUUGUAACAAUGGUAUUGCAGCUGUGAAAGAGAUUCGCUCCGUGCGCAAAUGGGCCUACGAGACGUUUGGCAAUGAGCGUGCCAUUCAGUUUGUCGUAAUGGCGACGCCGGAAGACUUGCGUGUGAACGCUGAAUACAUCCGCAUGGCGGACAAAUACGUGGAAGUGCCCGGUGGCCCCAAUGCUAACAAUUACGCCAAUGUCGAGCUGAUUGUCGAUAUUGCUGAGCGUGCCGGCGUGCACGCUGUGUGGGCUGGCUGGGGCCAUGCAUCGGAGAACCCACGCCUCCCUGAGAUGCUCUCGCAGCUCGAGCCGCGUAUUUUGUUCAUCGGCCCUCCGGGUUCCGCGAUGCGCUCGCUGGGUGACAAAAUCUCCUCUACGAUUGUCGCGCAGCACGCCGAUGUACCGUGUAUGCAGUGGUCUGGUACCGGCAUUACAGAGACGUCGCGCAGUGAAGCAGGCUACCUGACUGUGUCCGAUGAAGUAUACCAGCGUGCAUGUGUGCACACCGCCGAAGAGGGCUUGCAAGUGGCUCUUCGCAUCGGCUUCCCUGUGAUGAUCAAGGCGUCAGAAGGCGGUGGUGGUAAGGGUAUCCGUAAGUGUACGUCGGCGGAUACCUUCUCGCAGCUGUACCAUGCAGCUGUCGGUGAAGUGCCCGGCUCGCCGAUCUUUGUCAUGAAAUUGGCUGGCCAAGCGCGCCAUUUGGAGGUGCAGUUGCUGGCGGACCAGUAUGGCCAGGCGAUCAGUGUGUUUGGUCGUGACUGCUCGGUGCAGCGUCGGCACCAGAAAAUCAUUGAAGAGGCGCCUGUCUCUGUCGCCUCAGCAGAGGCGCGUAUGCAUAUGGAGCAGGCGGCCGUGCGCCUCGCCAAGCUCGUUGGCUACGUCUCAGCAGGUACUGUGGAGUGGCUCUACUCGCCUGAUUCUGGCGAGUUUGCGUUCCUUGAGCUCAACCCACGUUUGCAGGUUGAGCACCCGACCACGGAGAUGGUGUCGAAUGUCAAUAUUCCUGCUGUGCAGCUGCAGAUUGCUAUGGGUCUGCCUCUGCACCGCAUUGGCGAUAUCCGUGCCCUCUACGGCGAGCCUCGCGACACCUCGACGCCCAUUGAUUUUGACCGCAUUGAUAGCCAGCUCUCCGAACGUCCACACCCGGAGGGCCACGUCAUUGCGUGCCGUAUUACCGCCGAGAACCCUGACACGGGUUUCAAGCCGGGCGUGGGUUCGCUGUCGGAGCUCAACUUCCGCUCCUCGACCUCGACAUGGGGCUACUUUAGUGUGAGCACCAGUGGUGCGUUGCACGAAUAUGCCGACUCGCAAUUUGGCCACGUGUUUGCGUACGGCAAGAAUCGCGAAGAGGCACGUAAAAACAUGGUCUUCUCGCUCAAGGAGCUCUCGAUCCGCAGUGAGUUCCGCACGACGGUGGAGUACCUGAUUAUGCUACUCGAGAUGGAGGCCUUCUCGAGCAACAACAUCACUACCGGCUGGCUCGAUGGCUUGAUCGAGCACCGUGUCACAGCCCGUAAGCCACCGACGGAACUUGCGGUGAUUUGCGGCGCGACCGUCAAGGCGCAUGUACUGGCGCGGGAGUGCCGUGAAGAAUUUAAGCGGAUCCUGCAUCGCGGCCAAGUGCCGCCACGCAGCACGAUUCGCACGUCGUUCGCGGUAGAGUUCAUCUACGAGCAGAUGAAGUACCAUGUUGUUGUGGUGCAGACCUCAGAGACCAGCUGGGCCCUGGAACUGAACGGCCAGCGUACGCAUGUCUCUCUGCGUGAUCUGCGCGACGGUGGCUUGUUGGUCGGCCUGGCAGGACAGUCGCAUGCAGUGUACUGGCUGGAAGAAGUGGGCCAGACGCGCUUGACGAUUGAUGCUCAGACGUGUGUGAUGGAAGAAGAGCGUGACCCGACGCAGAUCUGCUCGCCGUCGCCUGGUAAGCUGGUGCGUCUGCUGGUCGAGAGCGGUGAUCAUGUACAUGCUGGCCAGACGAUUGCCGAGAUUGAGGUCAUGAAGAUGUACCUGCCGCUUGUGGCGCAGGAAAGCGGCGUGGUGUCGUUUGUCAAGUCGCCGGGUGUCUCGCUGAACCCGGGUGACUUGCUGGGUAUCCUGAGCGUCGACGACCCUUCCAAGAUCACGCGCGCUACGCCGUUCACGGGUCAACUGAAGGAGUACGGCUCGCCGGAUAUUCUGGGCGACAAGGCGCACCAGCGCUUUGCUGCGGCGCUGCAUGUGCUUGAGAAUGUCCUGGACGGGUACGACCAGACGCCGGAUCUCGACGAGGCGAUGGAGGCCCUUAUGACGUGCCUGCGCAUGCCGGAGCUGCCCUAUGCCGAGACGCAGUCGGUGCUCUCGAGUCUCGCAGGACGUCUGCCGGACGACACGGAAGAGGCGCUGCGCAAGGCAAUGGACGAUGCGCAUGCCUCCGAUGCGCCGUUCCCAGCGGUAACGAUGCGUGCGACGCUCGAUCACGCGUUGGCGUCCAUCACUGACUCGGCAGCGCACCUGGCGCUCUCGACGGCUGUGACGCCGCUGUACAUCCUGCUCGACUCGUACGCGCUGGGCCUGCAGUACCACGAAAUGGCGACGCUCUGCUCGCUGCUGGAGCGCUACGCCGAGAUUGAGUCGCAGUUCCAGAGCGGGCCGGAGGCGCUGCUGCACCUGCGUUCCGCGGCCGAUGGCGAUCUCGAGAAGGUGCUCAAGCUGCAGCUGUCGCAUGAGGGCGUCAAGCGCAAGAACAGUAUGCUUCUUGCGCUGCUUACUAGGUAUGUCCAGAGCAGCGAAAUGGCCAGCAAGGCCGAGCGUGCGCAGCGUAUGGUCAAGGCGCUGCGUGAGCUUUCGCAGCUGCGUGGUCAGCACACGGCGACUGUCGCGCUGAAAGCGCGUGAGAUUCUGAUCAGCGCCGAGAUGCCGUCGCUGGCGGAGCGUCAGAGCCAGGUGGAAGAGGUGCUGCGUCGCAGCAUUGCACCGAAGGAGUCGAAGCGCUCGAACGAGGAGUUCACAACGCCCUCGAUCUCGGUGCUGCGUGAGCUGAGCGACUCGCAGCACAACGUCUCGGAUAUCUUGCCGUACUUUUUCUCGUACACCCCUCUGCCGAUUGCCUACGCUGCUUUGGUCGCGUACAUGCUGCGUGUCUACCGCGCGUACGACAUUGUCGCGAUCAACUUUGCCUCGGAACGCCUGCACGAUGUGGAGCGUGCGCUCAUUACGUGGCACUUCCAAAUGUCUGCCGAUGUCCUGGCGAACCGUGCGAAGGAGAAGGAACGCCAGGCCUCGACGACCGACUUGGCAGAGCAUAUGAACCGCCGCACGCGCCCGAAGCUGCGUAUCGGCGCGAUGACGUCGUGCGCGGACAUCAAGGAGCUUCCGCAGACCCUUGCACAGUCACUCAAGUACUUUGGCGAGAAGCAGUCGGAGCCGGUGAAUGUGCUGAGCAUUGCGCUUGUCGCGCAGCCCGACAUGGAGGACCCAUCGCUGCCGGCGCGCAUUGGCGAAAUGGUCUCGGCGCAAGGCGCGGACCUGUGCACUGCCGGCCUGCGCCGUGUCUCGGUGAUGCUGUGCCGCCCUGGCAAGUACCCGCUGUUCGUGACGUAUCGCUGUGUCGACUCGGGUGCGUGGACCGAGCAGCGGGCCAUCCGGAACGUCGAGCCGGCGCUGUCGUACCAGCUGGAACUUGACCGUAUUGAGCCGAACUUUGAGGUGACGCCGCUGCCGAUGUCCUCGUCGUCCAUCCACUUGUACCAUGCGCGUGGCUUGCAGAACCGAGCGGAUGUGCGCUUCUUUGUACGUGCCUUGGUCCGCCCGGCGAAGCCGCCGGCGGACAUAGCGCUGUACCUGCUCAACGAGAGCGAGCGUGUGCUCAACGACAUCCUCAACACGCUGGAAGUGGCGCAAGGCCGUGCAGAGUUUGCCAGUGCGGAUGGCUCGCACAUCUUCAUGUCGUGGCUCUACCCGCUGGACAUCUCGCUCGACGAUGUGCUCGCGACGUGCCAGCGCUUCGAGCGCUUGUACGACGCGCGCUUCCGCCGCCUGCGCAUUGACGAUGCAGAGAUCCGUCUCGUGCUGCAGAACCAGGGCGUGCCGCGUCCCGUGCGUAUCUUUAUUACGACAGAGACUUCGUUCACGGUGUCGCAUGCCGUGUACGAUGAGGUGAUCGACGUGAACGGCGCAGCGGUGCUCAAGGGCAUCGGACCUGCGCCGCACUCGUUUCCGCUGCACCGCAAGAGUGCGCACCGUCCGUACCAGAACCGCCAGCCGCUGCAGACGCGUCGUGUGCGUGCCGAGCGACUGGGCACGACGUUCGUGUACGACUUGCCUGAUGCGCUGCGUCAGGCGAUGCGCUCGCUGUACGUGGACCGCCAUCUGGAGGCGCCCAGCGAUCCUGUGCUCCAGGUGCUCGAGUUGGUCCCGCGGGACGACCGCAGCGACAUGGUGGACCAGACCAUGCGUCCUCCUGCGCAGAACAACAUCGGCAUGGUCGCAUGGCGCAUGCGUCUCCAAACGCCCGAGUUCCCCGAGGGCCGCCCGCUCAUGGUCCUCGCCAACGAUGUCACAUGGCAGGCUGGCUCGUUUGGGCCGCGCGAGUCCAAGUUCUUUGCGGCGGUGUGCCGCCUGGCUCGCAAGGAGCAGGUGCCGUUGCUCUAUGUCUCGGCGAACAGUGGUGCGCGCCUGGGUCUCGCCGCGGAGCCGUUUGACGUGUUCCAGGUGCAGUUUGUCGACAACGACCCGACGAAGGGCUUCGAGUACUUGUACCUUGACGACGCGGGUCUGGCGUCGCUGCCGGCGGGCUCGGUGCGCACGGAGCGCCGCAUGGCGGCAGACGGCUCGACGCACCAUGUGCUCACCGACAUCAUUGGCAUGCCGCAUGGCGGUCUAGGUGUCGAAAGCUUGUCGUGCAGUGGUUUGAUUGCUGGUGAGAUGAGCCGCGCCCGUGCGUCGACGUUCACGACGACCAUCGUGACGGGCCGCAGCGUGGGUAUCGGUGCGUACCUGGCGCGUCUCAGUGGCCGUAUCAUCCAGGUGGAGACCUCGCCGAUGAUCUUGACAGGCUACCAGGCACUAAACAAGCUGCUGGGCCGUGAAGUGUACACCUCGAACCUGCAGCUGGGUGGUCCGAAUGUGAUGUAUGCCAACGGUGUGUCGCACCUCAAGGUGACCGACGACUUGGAGGCGAUGCGUUCGUACCUCCGCUGGCUCUCCUUUGUGCCGGAAAAGAGCAAUGCGCCUCUGCGCUGCCUCCCGAGCACGGACCCGAUUGACCGUGAUGUGGCGUUCGUGCCGACGGCGACACCGUACGACCCACGUGCGAUGAUUGAGGGUACGACGCUCGAGGACGGCACGUUCGUGCCUGGGUUGUUCGACAAGGACAGUUUCCAGGAGACGCUCGCUGGCUGGGCCAAGUCGGUGGUCGUGGGCCGUGCGCGUCUCGGCGGUAUUCCGUUCGGUGUGAUUGCCGUGGAGACACGCACGUUGGAGCGUGUGGUGCCGGCCGACCCUGCGAACCCGAACUCGAACGAGCAGCGCAUCCUCGAGGCAGGUCAGGUGUGGUACCCGAACUCGGCGUACAAGACGGCGCAGGCGAUCAUGGACUUUGACCAAGAAGGUCUUCCACUGAUGAUGCUGGCCAACUGGCGUGGCUUCAGCGGUGGUCAGCAGGACAUGUACGAUGAGAUUCUCAAGCAAGGCAGCAAGAUUGUCGAUGGUCUCUCGUCGUACCGCCACCCUAUCUUUGUGCAUAUCCCACCGGCGGGUGAGCUACGUGGUGGUUCGUGGGUCGUCGUCGACUCGCAAGUGAACGCCCGUGGCCUCAUUGAGAUGACCGCCGACGACCAGAGUGCGCGGGGUGGUGUCCUCGAGGCGGCAGGCUUGGUCGAGAUCAAGUACCGCUCGGACCGCCAGCGCGCGACGAUGGAGCGCUUGGAUGCAAAGUACCAGGCCCUCGCCAAAGAGGCGAAGGAAGCCACCACGGCGGCGGCCAAGGCCGAGGCCCAAGCGAAGCUGCGCGAGCGUGAAAAGCAGAUCGCGCCGUUCUACCAUGCCGUGGCCGUGGAGUAUGCGGAUGCCCACGACCGUGCUGGUCGUAUGCUAGCGACAGGUGUGCUGCGUCAGGCUGUGCCGUGGGCCCGUACACGCCGAUACUUCUACUGGCGAUGCCGUCGCCGUCUGGCCGAUGUGCAGUACGCGCGUAGCAUGCUCGAAGCCAACCCGAGCUUGACACACGACGACAUCCAGACGCGUCUGUGCGAGGCAGCAGGUGUCACGCCCACCGCCUCCGAUGAAGAGGUCGUGCGUGCAUGGAGCGAGCACGCCUCGGCCGUGCGGGCAGCCAUUGAGCAGGCCCGUGUUGAUUACCUGGUGGCGCAGGUCGCGUCGCUGCCAGCCGAAACGCGCAAGAAGCUGCUGGCCGGUCUUUCGUCGCAGUAA